AUGACCAUGACGGUCUUCAAAACAGCGGAAAUUGUGGCUUCGGCUAUACUUUUCCUGUUGAUUGCAACUGAAGAAGGAUCCGCUUACUUAUUUGAACCCAAUUGUGGGACAGCGAAUAUUACUUACAAGAUUCCAGGAAAGGCAGAUGCUGAUAUAUUCUUGAAUCCUUGGAUGGUUUUGGUGAUCGGCGAGGCAAAUUGUGGCGGCUCGCUCAUAAAUUCUCGUUUUGUUCUGACGGCCGCGCACUGCUUAUCCAGUUCACCAAUGAAGGCGCGGUUCGGGGAUUACGAUACUGAGCAUUCUGGAGAAGACUGCAUGCCAUCGGGAGAUUGCAUACCAAGCGCCUUUGCAAUUGAUGUCGAUAAAAAAAUAUCUCAUGAGGAUUACGACAAUUUCAAGGCGGACAUAGCUCUGCUUCGAAUGAGAAGUACGGUGAAAUUUUCAGAACAUGUCCGACCGAUUUGCCUGCUUGUCGACGAGCAAGUGGGAACCAUUUCACAUUUUAACAUAACCGGAUGGGGUCAAACUAAAGAAGGCGGUAAAUUAAGCAGAAUACUAAAGACAGGCACUCAAAGUGAAGUGGAUAGUACGAAGUGCGCUGGAAGAUUUAAGCUAUUUAAGACGCAGGUUGAUAGUUUCCACAUUUGUGCGGGCAGUUCUAAUAGCUCCGCCUGCGGUGGCGAUUCGGGUGGUCCAAUGAGCGCGGUAAUAGCUUACCAGGGAACUCUUCGCCAUACCCAGUUCGGCAUUAUCAGCUUUGGGUUAAGGAGUUGUAGAGGACUUGACGUUCACACAAAUGUAUCUUACUAUAUGGAUUGGAUAGUGCAUGCUACCAAAACAUAUUCAGUUUAG